CCAAGAACCAAGAAGAAGAGAAAACUCACCUGCCAGAGCCAUGAGAUCAGCUGCUUUCAUCCUGCUGGCCUGUCUGCUGUCUGUGGAGGUCAAAGGCAUGGCCAUUUCUCCCAGGGGUCGGUGUCAGUGCAUGGAUGCUGGUGUCAACUUUAUUCGACCAAAAGAGAUUGAGAAGAUUGAGGUUUUUUCUCCCAGCUCCUCCUGUGAACGCAUGGAAAUCAUUGUUACCCUGAAGGAAAGUGCAGAACAGAGGUGCUUGAAUCCAAAGUCCAAAUUUGCCCAGAAUUUCAUCAAGAAUGCACAGAAGAAAAACAGAAGCCCGGAGUGAAAUGUGUCUUGAAGCAGCAACUCUCAUUCGCAAAAUCAUUUCCCAAGUCCUCUAAGAGAAGAUACCGAUGUUGAAUCAUUCCAGCUUGUGUAUUGAUAAU